CGCACACGGAAGCUGCUGGGAACAUGGCUGGUGAUUUAAUUUUGCUUGCGGCUGUCUCUCUUCUUUCCGCCUUCCAGCAAUGUCAUUUUGCUUGGCUGGUGGGGAAAUCGAGAAUGAAGCACAAGGUCAUGCCCCCAGCUGUCACCGGAGCUCCAGAAUUUGACAGAACAUUUCGUGCACAACAAAACUGUGUGGAGUUUUACCCAAUAUUCCUGACUGUUCUCUGGACUGCUGGAUGGUUUUUUAAUCAAGAAUCAGCUUCCUUUCUGGGUCUGCUGUACGUGUUUGCCCGCUACAAGUACUUCCAUGGUUACGUACAGUCUGUGAAAGGAAGGUUAACAGGUUUUUAUUUGAAUCUGAUAAUUCUAACUUGCUUGAUAACCCUGGGUGCAGCUGGGAUUGUUAACAGCUUUCUGAAUGAAUACCUGGACUUCAGCAUCAUGAAGAAACUACGUAAAUUGUUCUGAAGACUGUUUAAAAAAAUAAAUAACGUGGAUGCUUUCCCUGAACACCAAAAAGAUAAGCUGCAUGUAAAUAAAGCAUCAGAGCU